AAAACCUAGGUGUUGUGUGUCAUAGACUACUUUAAAAACAACACAAACCCUAAUUCUGCCUCCGUCUCCGUCAUUCAGCAUAGCAGUUUCCGUGCGUGAAGGAGCCUCAGGUAAGGUAAGCUAUGGUUAAGCAUAACAAUGUCAUCCCCAGCGGACACUUCCGCAAGCAUUGGCAAAACUAUGUGAAGACAUGGUUUAAUCAGCCAGCACGGAAGACUAGAAGACGAUUGGCUCGUCAGAAGAAAGCUGUGAAGAUUUUCCCCAGACCCACUGCAGGACCCCUUAGACCUAUUGUACAUGGUCAAACUUUGAAAUACAAUAUGAAAGUUAGAGCUGGCAGAGGAUUUUCUCUUGAAGAGCUGAAGGCUGCUGGUAUUCCCAAAAAGCUUGCUCCAACAAUUGGAAUCUCUGUUGACCACCGCCGCAAGAACCGUUCUUUGGAAAGUCUGCAAGCCAAUGUGCAGAGGCUGAAAACAUAUAAGGCCAAAUUGGUUGUAUUCCCAAGAAGGGCACGCAAGGUCAAGGCUGGCGAUUCUACUUCGGAAGAACUUGCAAAUGCAACACAAGUACAGGGUUCAUACUUACCUAUUGCUAGGGAGAAGCCGUCUGUUGAACUUGUGAAGGUCACGGAUGAAAUGAAGGCAUUCAAAGCUUAUUACAAGCUAAGACUUGAGCGCACAAACAAGCGCCAUUACGGUGCUAGACUGAAGAAGGCUGCUGAGGCAGAGAAGGAAGACAAAAAGUGAUGAUCUUUUUGUAAGUCCUAAGUUUGUAGUCCUUUCAUAUGAUAGUUGUUGCAAGACAAUUUUUGCUCGAGAAUAGUUUUAUUAAGAACAUGUUCAGUCGAAAACAUGAUCUCUUCACCUAUUUUUAUUUUGUUGGUUUACCUAUAAACCUUUUAUUGUCUGGAUUAUCGGGCAGUAUCUAUUUUUGUUGAGAAUGUUUCUAAUUGCUCUUCGCAUUGUUAUUUACUAA